AUGGCGCUCAGUCAACCAGAGGCGCAAGCAACUGAGGCCGAGCAUCAGCCAGACGAACAACACGACCCUCCCUUGAAAGACUCUUCCUUCGGGUAUCUGCUCUUCCUUUUCCCUGUUUCUUCAUCUCUAAAUAAUUUUUUAUCAGCAUUUUCCCUCAAUCCACUGGUCCUAAUUCUCUCUGCAAAGAUCUUUGGGCAUUGGCCCUCGAUUCGUUUCAACAUGGCUGAAGACGAAGCUGAGCGUGCCUUUUUUCGAUCUCAAGCAUUGAAUAUGGAAAACUAUGAAACUGGUGACGAUCAGGGGGCAAACGGUUCAGACACAGAUGAAUAUGACCCUUCAAAGACAGUGGAAAACGAGUUUUCUACAGGCUUAGCCAAUCCCCAAACUACCAUGCCAAGUUAUUCUCGUGUUUCUGAGUAUUCUGCUCCCGAUUCUGUGCAGCGGGGGGAUGUCUCCCAUGAUUUCUCUCAGGUUCAAGAUCCAGGUGGCGCAUUCCCUUCAAAAUCGCCUUCCAGAUCCGAAUCCAGAACCUCAGCUUCGGCAUACCCUUCCGGCCUUGCUGUGGAUGCGAACAGUCAAGCGACAGCUGGGGAUGUUCAAGAAGAGGAAGUUGGUGAUGGAGACGGAGGUGAUGCUGAAUAUGAACCACCAGGAGCAUUAGAUCAUGUUCAGGAUACGACAUCAACUCCUGCAGAUAUACAACAGCGUUCUUUUUCUCAGAAUUCUAAUGAAAUUGUUUCUCCAUUUCAUGUAUCGCAGCAACAGACUGUCUCAGAAAAAACCACUCCUCAUGAUGUUUCCAAUAACUUGUCUUCUACUGCUAUUCCGACUGGUGCUCCAGUUCAGAGUGAUACCGCUUCUAAGCCUGACGAGGCAGCUCUGGCGGUUCCUUCUAUUGCUCAAUCAACCAACAGCUCUAUCGCUGCCACUCCCAUUCCAACACCGGUGUCAAAAGGCCGUUUGCCGCAUGACCGAGUCGGAAUUUUGGAGGAUAGAAUCCAAGCCGAUCCCCGUGGCGAUACAGAAGCAUGGUUAGAGCUAAUCAGCGAACAUCGCAGUCGGAACAAACUCGACAGCGCACGUCAAGUCUAUGAGAGGUUUUUCAAAGUGUUUCCAUGGGCAGCCGAGCAAUGGGUAGCAUAUGCUAGUAUGGAGUCCGAACAUAAUGAACUUUACCGUUUGGAACAGAUUUUCAACAAAAGUCUUUUAAACAUUCCCAGUGUCCAGCUGUGGUCCGUUUAUCUCGACUAUGUUCGACGGCGUAAUAAUCUCACAACGGAUACGACUGGUCAAGCACGGCGUAUUAUUUCCUCGGCUUACGAUUUUGCGUUGCAAAAUAUUGGAAUUGAUAAGGAUUCGGGGCCAGUUUGGGUGGAUUACAUUCAAUUUAUCAGGUCCGGACCCGGAAACAUCGGUGGGUCUGGCUGGCAGGAUCAACAAAAGAUGGAUUUACUCAGAAAAUCAUAUCAGCGAGCCAUAUGUGUCCCAAUGCAAGCAGUCAAUACCCUUUGGAAAGAGUAUGAUCAAUUUGAGAUGGGUCUCAACAAAUUAACGGGUCGUAAAUUUUUGCAAGAGAGAUCCCCGUCGUACAUGACAGCACGAAGCUCGUAUACUGAAUUGCAAAAUAUUACUCGGGAUUUGGUCCGAGCCUCGCUGGCCAAGUUGCCCCCUGCUCCUGGAUUUGCCGGUCAUGCAGAGUAUAUGAAACAGGUUGGAAUCUGGAAACGCUGGAUUAAAUGGGAGAAAGACGACCCGCUGGUACUUAAGGAAGAAGACGCCGGAGCAUAUAAAUCUCGUGUAUUAUAUGUUUACAAACAGGCGCUUAUGGCGCUGAGGUUCAUGCCUGACUUGUGGUUUGAGGCAGCAGACUUUUGCUUCCAAAACGGUAUGGAUGCCGAGGGAACCGAUAUGCUAAAGCAAGGAAUUGAAGCAAAUCCUGAGAGCUGCCUGCUUGCAUUCAAGCGUGGUGAUCAGCUUGAAAUUACAACUGCUUCCGAACAAGAUCGUUCAAAACGCGGCACACUGGUUAGGGAGCCAUACGACAAGCUCCUUGAUGCCCUCUAUGACCUAAUCACGAAAGCGAAAGUGAAGGAGGCACAGGAUAUUGCACAGAUCGAAGAAAAAUUUGCAGAAGAAGGCAUGCAGCCCACUGGUCGAGGCAACGAUGAAGAAGAAGAAGAAGACGAAAGUCAUGAAUCGAAGGCAAAGACUGCUGCAAAAGCUGCUGAAAUUGAAACGGCGAAGAAAACCCAUGGCGAACAUAUCCGGCUGCUCUCGAAAACGAUAUCAUAUGCCUGGAUUGCACUCAUGCGGGCCAUGCGUCGUAUCCAGGGCAAAGGCAAGCCGGGUGAAAUUGCUGGGUCUCGACAGAUCUUUGCCGAUGCACGCAAACGUGGGCGAAUCACAAGUGAUGUGUAUAUCGCCAGUGCACUCAUAGAAUAUCACUGCUACAAAGACCCGGCGGCAACAAAGAUUUUUGAGCGAGGAGCAAAACUCUUCCCCGAGGACGAGAAUUUCGCGCUGGAAUAUCUAAAGCACCUCAUCGAUAUAAAUGACGUUACCAAUGCAAGAGCGGUCUUCGAGACCACAGUCCGCAGACUAGCGUCAAACCCUGAAAACGUUGCAAAAGCAAAACCCAUUUUUGCAUUUCUCCAUGAAUAUGAAUCCCGUUACGGUGAUCUCACACAAAUUAUCAGUUUGGAGAAGAGAAUGAGAGAGCUAUUCCCUGAAGACCCUACUUUGCAACAGUUUUCUCAUCGUUAUUCGGGACCGUUAUUUGACCCUACUUCCGCUCAGUUCAUCAUCUCCCCCACACAAACAAGACUAAAACAGGACGUUCCGCUCGAGGAAUUCCAUUCACGUCAGGAGUCACCUGCAGGCCCCGUAUACCUGUCUCCCAAGCGUGCGUUCCCAGUGGACGAUCUCGAUGACGACUUCCGACCUCGAAAGUUCAUGAGAGCAGAGUCGCCAUUGAAAGGUGCUGCGGGUAGACGGUUGGAUCAGAAACGAGGACACCAAGCCAACGGUAGCGGUGCAAACAACGUCGGCCAGGCACGAGCGCCAGCACAAGCACAACCGCUUCCGAGGGAUAUCGUCUACCUUCUCAGUAUUAUCCCUCCGGCGUCGACCUAUGAUUCAGUGAGGUUUAUACCGGAGAAUAUGGUAAAUUUGCUUAGGCAGGUUGAUAUCCCAUCUUCAGUUUCACAGUUACGACCACCUAUUCACAAUCCGACGGGUGCUGGACGUCCUCAAUACGGUGGUAGGUAGUUGAACCAAAGCUCGAGUUUCCUUCAUGCUUGCUUAGAAUUGCGGAGCAGAAGGAUACUGAGAAAACCCCUUCCUCUGGUACUGGCUUUCUCUCCAUACCUUGGGGCUUAAUGUCCUUGUUUAUGUUUCGAUUUGUUGCAAUGGCUAU